AAUCUACCCCACCAAACCCUAUAAUAAGUUGCGUGACUUUCUUAUAUUAAUCACGAUUUGAUUGAAUUAAUACAUUUUUUCUCACCUAAUCAAAUCUUUCUCGUUCUCAUACAAUAUGGAGAGAAACUCUUGGGCCGAGCAGUGGGACAGCAAUCAACAAUCGUCGGGAAAAACAACUCACGGCGGAGAAGGUGGUGGUGCAUCGUCUAAAUACAAAGAGAAAGUGGGGGCUGGAUUAGGGAAGACGAAAGCGGCGGCGAGUUCGGGGUUAAAGAAGGUGAAGAUAGGAACAUCGUUGGGUCUUAAUUGGGUUAAAGACAAGUACAACAAGACCACCACUAAGAAUUGACUCAUCAUAUCUUUGUUUUUUUGGAUUUACAUAUUCGUCUUCUUCUUCUUUUUGUAAACGAUAAAAAUCUGUUUUGAUUCUUGCUAUAUUCAUAAUGAUCGGAGAUAUUAAAGACUUUUGAAAAAGAUGAUUUGGCUUGGUUUGAUCUUUUUAUUGUUCCGUGGAAAUGGGGUGAAUCGUUUGGUUUGUGAAUAAUUUUACUAAUCAUUUUAUAUAGUUCGAAUCAAAAGUUGAAAAACUCAAAAAAAAGAAUCUGGAU